GAAUGACUUUUAUUUUUAUCGUUGACUGAGCGGGAUGUACCGUGACUUUAAUAUUUUGCUUUCGGCUUUUCAACAAUUACAAUGCGAAAAAAACACUGUUCCGUGUCAAAAUGAUUUUCGAAAGGCAUUCACCGACAGAUGGCGAUUAACGUAAAGCUUCGAUAACACGAUAAACUAUAUCGCGUUUUUCGCGUCCGUGUCCAAUCGUCAGUGACCUCCAAGCUUUUCAAAUUUGAACCGCAUAAUCAAUCAACUGUCGUCGAUUUCCCACGCAAGGAUUCAACAGCCAGACUGGGUUUAUGAGAUAGCCAUGCAUGGUGAAAUCAUAAAAGGCUGUUGAAUCGUUCGUCCCAUGAUUUCCCGUCGGACUGUAGCUAUUUGUGAUCCAGCGAGGAACAAAGAACUCUAUGAUGUUUACGCCGAUCAAGCCCGCGGGCACUGGCGUACUGAACGAUACGGUGUUAAAUACACCGCAGCCUCAAGCAACUUCAACGGUUCGACGAAAAAGCACGCUGGAGAAUAAAUUCAGUAGUGGGGACUUCAGUCAAGAGAAACAGAAGCGAAUUCCAUGUGAAAGUCAGGCAGAUGAUACGGAUAAUUCCUCAUUGGGUCUCCUUGAUAACAUGUCAGCUCUCACAAAUGUUAGCACAGCAGAUGAGGAACAAAAGCUGAAUUAUAUUACUAUGAAUAAGGAGCUUGAAUAUGCUAGAAAAAUUCUUCAAAAAUGUAGCGACUUGAACAACUUUUCUGUGGUUACAGACACAAAUAAAGAAAAUAAUGCAAAUGUACAAAAUAUGACAGGUAUUUUACCUGUUUUAAGUUUUGCUUUGCCAAACAAAACUUGUAUUCCUGAUCAGAGUCAAGAAUGCAGUAUGAAUUACAUAGCUAAGACUGAUACAACCAGUAUUAUUUUUAAGCCUAAUGAAAUAUCAGCACACUCAUCUACCCUAAGUAGUACAAUAGAACAGUCUCUUUUAAAUAUAUCAUCUGAUGGCAUCAACUUGAAUAGCAUCACAAAUGAGUUAGCACAAUUCCAGAAAGAAUUUAAUGAUGAAGAAUUUCUGUCUGGCUCACAAGUGCCUGCACAACUAUCGAUUGAUGAAGCUCACUGGCGACAAAAUGACACAUAUUCCAUGUCAGUUAUGGAUACCGAAAAACAGGAAUUAGACUGUUCUUCCUUCUCUGGUAUCAUUGGGCCAGUUGACUUAUCGAUAGCGUCAUGCGCUGGGAAAAAAGUAUCUGUUGGUCAAUACUUCAAACGUAAAUGUAACAUGGAAAUGUUUAAAGAUGAUAAAUUAAAACCAAGUUUUGACAUUACUUUGGAAACUCCCAUAAGAAAGGACAACUUGAGACCAUUGAUUAAUUCGACACUCAUGGCAAAUGAGCUAAAGGAGAAGAAAGAGCACACACGCGUUCCAAACUCGGCAGUUGAUAUGGGUGAAAAUAGUAUUUUAAGUUUGAGCACCAUUGCUAGUACUUUGCAAGAUGUUAAUAGUGAGACACCACGGCGAUUAGUUGACCAGCUCUUAAUGGCACAGAAAAAAAAGAAAUAUUCAGUAAUAGACGAACAUACAAAGAAAGAAACAUAUACAUUGCCUUUGGAAAGAAAAUCUAUGAUGGCAACGUCUACAACAAAUCCCAAUAAAUUUGAUAAUGAUAUCAGUCUAGUAGAUCUCACGACAAAAUUGUCACUGGAUAGUAAAACUAUGAAUGACGCGAGUGAAAAGGAAAAAAUCUCAAGAAUAUUGUCAUUUUCUCCAAAUAAAAAUAUGAAAGAAGCUAAAUCUUUUGAAAGUGUGUGCGAAAUAUUGAAAGAAAACGCAAAUGAUAAAGAUGUAACUUCUUCAUCUAACAAAGAUGCAGUUAAAAUAUCAGCCACAGAUUUUAUGUUCUUACAACAUUCGGCAUUAUUAUCCAAUGAUAAAUUGAAUAUAUUCUCGCAUGUGCCACCAAUGGAUAUAAAAAGUUAUAGUGAAGAAAGCUACGAUGAUAUGAAUAUACAAGCGAUAGAAAAGAAAGAAGCAAUGAAAGUGGAUGUUUCUGAUAACACGACGAUAAGCACACAGUUCAAAGAGAAUGUGGAAACUGAAACGCAGUUUGAUUUAAACAAUGAUAUAAUUAUUGGCAAGAAUACGGACCAAUUAUGCAAUUGCAUUAUUGGUAUGACGUGUAAAGCUAAUAUAGAACUUGUAAACAAAGGAGACAGAUGGAUCACAUGCACCUUAAAGCUGAACGAAAUACGAGGAGAUCAGCAAAGUAUUACGUUAAAUAUUCUCGAAGAUGCGAUUUUAAUAAAGCCUAAAGGUGCCCAGUUUGCAAAGAUUAAAGUAAAAAUAACAAAAAUGUGCAAACCAAUAAUCGCGGUAUUAAAUAUAAUUGCAUCGAACAUGGUCGAAGCAAAGUCGAAAUUUAUGACGCACAUGAUCUGCUUCAAGCCAGAAGAAUUCGAACUUGAUAUCAUAUGCAACUCACAGGAUAAACAGGAAUUAAAUUUCCAAUAUGUGGCGGAAAACGUGGCGGCAAAAGUUCUACCUAUAAUAUUUCACAACAAAAAUAAUGUUGAUGUACCUGUUAAGCUCUCUAUAUUACAUGAAGGACCAAAAAUAUUCAGUAUUGAUGAUAAUUUUAGCGGAUCAGUAAAACUAAACGAAUCUCAUGACGAAUUGAUGACUCAUUUAGUACUUAAGCCUCAAGAGAAAUACGCCGCUAAUAUAAAAUGCGAGAGAUCACAAUUUACAAUGGAUUAUUCACAGAAACAAUCGCAGUAUUGGAAGAGCAAAUUGAUUAUACAAGUACAAUGUAGUGACGGAACAAUAUUAUUCUUGAAGGAAGUGCUCCUCUGUGCGCAAACAGGCACUUGUAAGAUUCAAGUCAUCGACACGGAUGUGCCUAUAAUGGUUUCACGACAGCACGGCAAACUGCUGAAAGUCAUUAAUUCGGGAAAUGUCGCGACGUGCGUGUCUGCCGCUGUCGUGCCAAUGGAAAGAUAUCAGAGAGCGGCACAGGAAUUUUCUAUAAAGCCAUACGACAUAUCUUUACAAGUCGGGGAGAGAGGUUCAUUCUUGAUCACGUAUAAGUCGCAGAUUUCUGACACGAGGGAUAUAAUCGAAGAGAGACAUGCAAAGAUAAAAUUAGUCGCCGGCAACAACGUCUACUAUUACAUCGUGAGCACCGAGCAGAAACCGCUAGAAACGGAAAAUGAAAAUUAUCCGCGUUGUGACACGCCUUGUAACUUAGUGUCUAUAAAUUCGCCGACAUCUCCACAAAGUGUAACCUCUAGUAGUUGUAGGUCCGGAGUUUACCAAGGCAGAAAUUCACCAAGCAGCGUAGAAUCCAGUGUAGCCGUAGCUGGAAGUGCAAUUCCAAUCAGAGCGACACAUGCCGCUCUAGUGUGGAACAGUGUAAAAACAGGCAAGAGCAAAAUCAAGGAGUUUACAAUUCGUAAUACGAGUAACAACAAGAUUAAAAUCCAGAUAAACAUUUGGGACGACAAUAAGAGCUUUAUGUUCCUCGGUGACAGGCAGACUAUGAAUACAAGUAUGGUACUGGCGAUGCAACGUACAGAAAGCAAAACUCUCGCGAUCAUAUUCAAUCCGUAUCGUGUGGGUCCAGUAACUGGAAAGAUCACUAUCAAGCAUUACACGCCUACAAAGGAAAAUCAUGAAUUUCAACACAGAAGAAUACCCUUAUAUGGAUACGGCGGCUAUGGCAAAAUGAAGAUCUCGGAUACAUAUAAAGAUGCGAGUGGAAAGAUAUGGUUGGCGCUAGGCACUUUAUCAUCGGGAACCACAGUCUUGAGAGCGAACAUGAAAUUGCAAAAUACUGGUGACUUGCGUACAUUCGCAAAAAUCAAAGUUGUACCAAAAGUUAUUUCUCCAAGAAUGGAUUCUAGUUGGCGUGUAACUCCGACGGAACUAAUAUUCGAUCCUAAGGAGUCUCAACAAGUGUCGAUAGAAUUCUAUCCCAAGAAGGAGGAUUUUGCGAAAUUACAACAUAGUGUUGCAGAUGUAUCGCAUGUCGCGACGAUUAACGUUGUCUAUGGGGAUGAACCGACUCGCUGGAGAAUACGGAGAUUAUAUAACAAAAUAAAAGAAUCGGGUGAAUUAUUCAGAAAUGAAAAUGAUACGUUCAGAAAUGUUGUUUAUCCUAUUUGUAAAACUUUUCCUGGGGAACAAUUAAUACCUGGUUUAACAUCGAUACGUGAUCCCAUUCAAAGCCUACAUGAUCUUUGCACUGGAGUUCAGCAGUACGAAAUAAUGCUCACAGUGGAGUCUUGCGCAGAUGAUACUUUGCCUAUUCUUCAUGACAAUGAUGAUUCACAAAUGUAUUAUUCUCUGAUAAGUGAUAACAGUCACACGGAUGAAGUGGGCGGAACAAGUUUUUUCUCUUCUCAAACCAUGGAAGGAUACGAAGCUCAACAUCACGAUUCUCGAGAAGAGCAUUUCAUUGUAAAUCCGUCCACUGUCACUUUAAAUCCUCCAAUAUGCAAUGAGGCAACUAUAAGUAUUUCUAGUUUCUUCAAAGUGGCCCAAUCAUUCCAGACUAAUUUGUUGAACUCGAAUUGUCUCAGUGUUGUCCCCGCAGAAGGAACACUUCCUAGCAAAGGACUUUUUACUCUAACAAUACAAUGUUCACCGAGAAUAGAACGUAAUAUGCAAGACGUACUUGAAAUUUAUACAGAGAAUAGUAAAAAGGAUGUGUUGGUCAAAGUAAACAUAAAGCGACAAUAAUCAUGUUGCAAUAUAAUCAGAAUAUUUAUUUCUCGAUU